UAGAUCGAUCCAGUACGCAAUUGAUGCUUAAUUUAUCGACCCCGAAAGGAUGAAAGGCAAAGUCGACUUCGGCUGAAUUUGAACUCAGAACAUAAAGACAGAAUACCGCUAAGCAUUUCGUCCGGCAUGCUAACGUUUCUGCCAGCUCACCGCCUUUAGAUAUAUAAAAUAUUACGAGUCACUGUGUAACCACGUGGAUCUAGUUCAGUUCCAUUGCAGAACAUCUUGGAUGCGUAUUUUCUACUCUAGCCCAGGACUGACCAAUGCCUUGUCACUGUAUUUGGCAGAUAAUAACCGUACAAACUCAUCACCAUCAUCAUCACUUAUCGAUGUCCAUGUUUCAGGCUUGCAUUGGUUGGAUGGUUCGUUUAUUCAAAAUAUCAGAAACAGCAAAGAACUGUUUCCAUCAGAUACCUUGUCAAUAUUAAUCAUCUUUGAAAGACUAAAGGAAAAUGUUUAUAAAGAACAUAUCUAACAACACUGCUUAUAUAAAUCCAUGGUGACUUCCUGGUAAUAUCUCUUUGGAACUGAGAUGAAUAUCAGCAUUUGUCAUCUUCAAUUCCUGAAAAGUUUACAAACUGAUUUUGGAGUUUAAUUUUUCUUUUCCAUUUCAUAUAAUAUAUACAAAUUCAUUUCACAUACUUAUUUUAAAGUUGGAAGAAUUUAUAAAAGAGUUUGCAGCAUCUUCUGAUAUCACCAAAGGUCACAGUUGAGGGAGAUAUAGUAUCAAGAAUAUUUGGGAGGAAGAAAAUAUAAAACCGAAAAGAGAAUCGUUUGUAUAUUGUUGUAGGAAAAGGAAAAUUAUGGAAAAUAAUUUAAGUGAGAACGAGGUUAAAUGUGAAAUACAGAAGAUUGACUUUUCUGAUGAUGUAAAGAAUGAGAAAGGUAAAAAAUUAUACCAUUGUGAUAUCUGUGGUAAAUCAUUUUCUACAAGUAGCAACUUGUCUAAGCAUAAAUCUGUUCAUACAGGAGAGAAGCCAUAUCACUGUGAUGUCUGUGGUAAAUCAUUUUAUCAAAGUGAUAAAUUAACUUACCACAUACGCAUUCAUACAGGGGAAAAGCCAUAUGUCUGUGAUGUCUGUGGUAAAUCAUUUUCUACAAGUAGCAGCCUAACUAAACAUAAAGUUGUACAUACAGGGGAAAAACCAUAUCGCUGUGAUAUCUGUGGUAAAUCAUUCUCUCACAGUAGAAACUUGUCUAAGCAUAAAUCGGUUCAUACAGGAGAGAAACCAUAUCAUUGUGAUAUUUGUGGUAAAUCAUUCUCUCACAAUGGUGCCUUAGCUAAACACAAAGCCAUUCAUACAGGAGAGAAGCCAUAUCACUGUGAUGUCUGUGGUAAAUCAUUUUGUCAAAGUGAUAAAUUAACUUACCACAUACGCAUUCAUACAGGGGAAAAGCCAUAUGUCUGUGAUGUCUGUGGUAAAUCAUUCUCUCACAGUAGCAACUUGUCUAAGCAUAAAUCCAUUCAUACAGGAGAGAAACCAUAUCACUGUGAUAUUUGUGGUAAAUCAUUCUCUCACAAUGGUGCCUUAGCUAAACACAAACGUACACAUACAGGAGAGAAGCCAUAUCACUGUGAUGUCUGUGGUAAAUCAUUUUAUCAAAGUGAUAAGUUAAAUAACCACAUAUGCAUUCAUAUAGAGGAAAAGCCAUAUGUUUGUGAUGUCUGUGGUAAAUUGUUCUCUGAGAAUAGUUCCUUAACUCAACAUAAACUUAUUCAUACAAUGGAAAACUCAUUUUCUGAUAAACCAUUCUCCAGCGGUGACAGUUUUGCUAAACGCAUGCACAUUCGUGCAGGAGAAAAACAACAUCACUGUGAUAUCUGUGGUAAAUCAUUCUUUAAAAGUAACGACUUAAAAAGACACAAAUAUGUCCAUACAGGAGAGAAGCCUUAUCAAUGUGACAUCUGUGAGAAAUCUUUCUCUCAGAAAUUUUGUUUAAAUAAACACAAAUUUACACAUACGGGAGAGAAGCCAUAUCACUGUGAUGUCUGUGGUAAAUCAUUCUCUAAAAACAGUGACUUAACUAGACACAAAUACAUCCAUACAGGAGAGAAGCCUAAUCGUUGUGAGAUCUGUGGUAAAUCAUUCUCUCAAAAAAUUUGCUUAACUAAGCACAUAUAUAUUCACACAGGAGAGAAGCCAUAUCACUGUGAUAUCUGUGGGAAAUCAUUCUCUCAAAGUACUAGUUUAACUAUACACAAACGCACUCAUACAGGGGAAAAACCAUAUCAUUGUGAUAUCUGUGGUAAGUCUUUCUCAAAUAAAAGUGCCCUAACUUCUCAUAAAAAUACUCAUACAAGAGAUCAAUGUUACUUGUGUGAUGUGUGUGGUAAAGCAUUGUCUAACGUUCGUUGCUUAACCCAACACAAGGGUCUCCAUGCAGUUGAGAAACCAUAUCACUGUGAUAUCUGUGAUAAAUCAUUCUCUCAAAGUAGUGGUUUGAGUAAACACAAGCACAUUCAUACAGGAUGAAAGCCCUAUCACUGCAAUGUCUGUGGUUGGUCAUUCUCUGAAAAUGGUGACUUAACUAGACCCAAACUUAUUCAUAAAGGAGAGUCUUUAUGGUCACUGCAAUAUCUGAUUGAUUAAUCUCUAAUGGAAGCCAGUUAACUAAACACAAAUACAUUCAAACAGGAGUAAAACUUUAUCACACUGACAUUUGUGGUAAAUCUUUCUUUCAUGCAUAUAUGUUAACUACUUAUACAGGGGAAAAAACCUUAUUACUGUGAUGUCUAUGGUGAAUCAUCUGCUGAACCUGGUCACUUAACUAAACCCAAGCAUAUUCACACAGGAGUGAAACAAUAUUGUGACAUCUGUGGUGUUCAUGAGAUAAAUAUUUAUCUCAUGAAUUACAUUAACUACUCACAAACACUCAUACAAGCGAAAAACCUUACCACUGAGAUCUGUGAUGAAUCCUUCACUGACACUGGUCACUUUACUAAACUAAAGCUCAUUUAUAUAAGACUGAGGCUACAUUGUUGUGAUAUCUGUGGUAAACCAUUCUCUCAAAAUAGUAGCUUAACAACACUCAAAUGCAUUCAUACAGAGAAGGAGCUAUAUUACUGUGGUAAAUCAGUCUCUGAGAAUUGUUCCUUAACUAGGCAGAAAUACAUUUAUGCAGGAGUGUAGCCAUAUCACUUCAAUAUCUGGUAAAUUGUUUUUUUUAUGGAAGCCAAUUAACUAAAUAAAUACAUUCAUACAGGAGUAAAAAUGUAUCAUCGUGAUAGCUGUGGUAAAUCUUUAUUUCAUGGAUAUAUGUUUACUCAAUAUUAUUGAACAUUUAUGGUGCAUUUUAGAAGAAAAAGUAAGGAGUCAAUAUCCUCCACCAUCAUCACUUCAAGAACUGGAGACUGUUUUAGCUGAAAAAUGGACAAAAAUUCCUUUGGAAACAAUUCAAACUUUGUACGAGUCCAUACCUCAUAGAAUUCAAGCUGUAAUUACUGCCAAAGGUGGUCCUAUUCCAUAUUAAAAUAAAUUUGUUUGAAAUUUUAAA